GUUCACUCCAAGAGCAAAAGGACACAAUCAGUGCGCUGCUCUUGGAGGAAUACAGUACCCCACGACAACUACCUUCUUCUUUGAUCCAAUCAUUCAAACACUUACUGAUCAUACCCAACUCCUAUUUUAGUCUACCUUCGUUCACCCUUCUCCCUCCUCAGCGUCAGCAUGGAGAAGGCCUCGACUGAGAUUGAUCUAGAUGAGUGGGAAUUCCUCUCUGAUGAUGGAUUCCUUGACCUCCAUCACCAUGAGGAGGAGGAUCGGAAGAGACUCUCCUUGAAGGAGACGAUGAGUGGAUUUUAUCCGAAAGAUCCAUUCUCCAUGAACUAUUUCAUCUGCCCAUCGCCCACGACUUGUCGACCUGUCUUCGAGACGCCCAGCAGCUCAAGUGAUCUGACAAGUGGGGAUCAGCUUCUUCCGGUUCCAGUUGUGGGGAUCGGUAUCAUUCCAGCAGCGAUAUCGGAGAAGAUCAAAGCUCCGAAGCUGGGAGCGAUGGCAGCAGAUCAAGACACUGCCUCGCAAGUCUUCUUCAAGAAACUGAAGGAGAACGAAUUCGUCGACAUGAAUUUCAUGGACUCGCCAAAGUCCACAAGUGUUGGAAUUGAGCCUCAAACAGAGGAGAAAGAAGAGGCAAUUAAGCAAGAGACGGUGAAGAAGGAAGACUACAUGGAUUCAGUGAUCAAAGAAGAGAUCAAUUGGGAAUGUGAUGCUGGUGGCCUUGGCAUUWGGAAAUGGAGAAUUAAUGGAAUUGGUUCUCUUUGCUCCAUAGGUGCGGUUGCUGCCACUAUCUGCAUGUUCAUCUUCGGAAGCCAUCAAAGACACAAACACCAUCACCAACAGCUUCAGUUUCAGAUCUACGCCGAUGACAACAAGAGUAUCAAACAGGUGGUUAACGGUGCGACUAGAUUGAAUCAAACACUUUCUGCGGUGAGCGGCGUUCCACUGGCUAGAGCUCAGAUAUCCUUUGGCGGUUACUAUGAUGGMCUUUAAGUUGGAGGAGCCGAACUUGGCUGGCAGUUGGCACCAUCGAUCCAUAGCUAUGUUACAGUAUUAGUAUUUGCUUGCUAUGUUAAAUUGUUAAUUGAAGAUGAUUCAUAUAAAAUCUUCACACAUCUGUACAUGGAAAGAGGUUGGUUUAGUUCACAUCUGCUCCCCACUAUUUGGUUUACUUUAAUUGAGUAAUUUUACAUAUAAAACCUUGCUAUGUUAAAUUGGUUUACUUGAUGUAUGGGGCGCAGAUCUGAAUUCAUAAAUUCUGGCUAUUAUAACUUAUGGACAUAUAUGUUCCCAAUGUGCUCCCGUGCUUUUACAGUGUGUGCAGAAAGAGUUUUUGCUUGAAUGGAAUUUGGUUCUGAUUAAACAUAUUGAA